AUGCGAUCAUCAUCUUCUUCUUCCUCCUUCUGUUACAGAUUCACCUACGAUGUGUUCCUCAACUUUCGAGGGAAAGAUACCCGUCACGGUUUUACAGGCAAUCUGUACAAAGCUCUAUGUGAUAGUGGAAUCCGCACCUUCAUCGAUGACCAACAUCUGUCUAAAGGGGACCAAGUGACCUCUGCACUUGAGAAUGCAAUCCGAGAGUCCAGAAUUUUCAUCGUCGUCCUCUCUGAAAACUAUGCGUCUUCUUCCUUCUGCUUAAACGAACUUGAUUACAUUCUGAGGUUUAUAAAGCAUAAGGGUCGGUUGGUUUUGCCAGUUUUUUAUGGGGUUUACCCUUCUGAUGUGAGACACCACACAGGUAGUUUUGGAGAGGCAUUGGCUCAUCAUGAAAAGAAGUUCAAUUCUUAUUAUAAUAUGGAGAAGCUGGAGACAUGGAAGAUGGCUCUGCAUCAUGUGGCUAACUUGUCUGGCUACCAUUUCGAACAUGGGGAAGGAUAUGAAUAUGAGUUUAUUCAGAGGAUUGUUGAGUUUGUUUCUAGCAAGAUUAAUUAUGCUCCCUUACAUGUUGCGGAUUACCCAGUUGGACUAGAGUCAAAAGUGCUAAAAGUAAUGUCACUUCUGGAUGUUGGAUCUGAUGAUGUUGUCCACAUGGUGGGGAUCCACGGAAUCGGUGGAGUGGGUAAAACAACUCUUGGUGCUGCUGUUUAUAAUUUAAUUGCUGACCAUUUUGAAGCUUUAUGUUUCCUUGAAAAUGUGAGAGACACUUCAAACAAACAAGGGUUACAACAUCUCCAAUGCAACCUUCUUUCUGAGACAGUUGGAGAGAUUAAGUUAACCAGUGUCAAACAAGGAAUUUCCAUAAUACAACAUAGGCUCCAACAAAAGAAAAUUCUUUUGAUUCUAGAUGAUGUUGACACACAAGAACAGCUACAGACACUUGCUGGAAGACCUCAUUGGUUUGGUCUAGGCAGUAGAGUCAUAAUCACGACUCGAGACAAACAAUUGCUAGCAUGUCACGGUGUUAAAAGAACAUAUGAGGUGAAUGAAUUGAAUGAAAAAGAUGCUCUGGAAUUACUUACUUGGAAAGCCUUCAAGUUGGAAAAAGUUGAUCCAUGUUACAAGGAUGUUUUGAAUCAAGCAGUUAGUUAUGCUUCGGGCGUUCCAUUGGCUUUAGAAGUAAUAGGUUCCAACUUAUAUGGAGGAAACAUAGAACAAUGGCAAUCUACUUUAGAUCGAUACAAAAGAAUUCCUAAUAAAGAUAUCCAAGAGAUACUUAAAGUAAGUUAUGAUUCUUUGGAAGAAGAUGAGCAAAGUGUUUUUGUGGACAUUGCUUGUUGCUUCAAAAUAUAUGACCUGGCAGAGAUGGAGGAUAUACUUCGUGCUCAUCAUGGACAUUGCAUGAAACAUCAUAUCAGAGUGUUGGUUGAAAAAUCUCUCGUAAAGAUUAGUUUGGAUGGUAACGUGACACUACAUGACUUGAUCGAAGACAUGGGUAGAGAAAUUGUCCGGAAAGAAUCACCUAAAGAGCCUGGGAAACGUAGCAGGUUAUGGUUGCUUGAGGAUAUAGUUCAAGUUUUAGAAGAAAAUAAGGGAACUAGUCAGAUUGAAAUCAUUUGUAUGGAUUUCCCUUUAUAUGAAGAAGUAGAAAUAGAAUGGGAUGGAUAUGCCUUCAAGAAGAUGAAAAAUCUCAGAACACUUAUUAUCAGAAAGGGUCAUUUCUCCAAAGGUCCCAAACAUCUUCCUAAUUCUUUAAGAGUGAUGGAAUGGUGGGGUUAUCCUUCACAGAAUUUGCCAUACGAUUUUCAUCCGAAGCAACUUUCUAUAUUCAAGUUACCCUGCUGUGAGUAUACAUCACUUAAGUUGGCUGACUUUUUAAGAAAGAAGUUUGUGAAUAUGACAAGUUUAAAUUUUGACGAAUGUCAAUAUUUAAAACAGAUACCAGAUGUAUCUUGUCUCACACAUUUGGAAAAAUUGUCAUUUCGAUGGUGUCCAAAGUUAUUUGCACUUCAUUAUUCUGUUGGGUUCUUGGAGAAACUUAAACUCUUAAAUGCAGAAGGUUGCUCCAUGCUUAAGAGUUUUCCUCCCAUCAAGUUAAUCUCUCUUGAGCAACUCAAACUUCGGUAUUGUCAUAGUCUUAACAAUUUUCCAGAAAUAUUAGGAAACAUGGAAAAUAUAAAAGAACUUGACUUGAGAGGAACUCCGGUAAAAAAAUUCCCACUUUCAUUCCAAAAUCUUACUCGGCUUCGAAAAUUGCAUCUGUGUUUGAGGGUUCAAGCCAUGAAAAAUGGUUGUGUUGGCAUUCCCCUUUCAAGCAUUUGCAUGAUGCCAGAGCUGGUCGAUAUUACAGCAAGUAGAUCGGAAGGGGAGUUGUUCGGUGAAGUGGAUGAUGGUGUAGAAAAAGUGAGUUCAACCUUGUCUACAAACGUUCAAUAUCUUCAGCUCAGAUGCUGCAACCUAACAGAUGAAUUUUUUACAAUAGUUCUCCCAUGGUUUGCUAAUAUGAAGAACUUAGACCUAUCAGGGAAUAAUUUCACAGUCAUUCCGGAAUGCAUGAAAGAAUGUCAUUUUUUAACUAAUCUAAAUUUGAAUUUCUGUGAGCGACUUCGAGAAAUUAGAGGGAUUCCUCCAAACUUGAAAUAUUUCUCUGCAAUAGAUUGCCUAUCCUUGACUUCCUCAUGUAGAAGCAUGUUACUGAAACAGGAACUGCAUGAAGCUGGAAGCACCUUCUUUUAUUUGCCAGGAGCCAAGAUUCCAGAGUGGUUUGAGUUCCAAAGAUUGGAAUUGCCAAUUUCUUUCUGGUUUCGUAACAAACUCCCAGCCGUGACUAUUUGCCUUGCUUUGGAGCGGGUGUGUAAGUAUUGCCCGUCAAGAGGUGAUAAAUGUAGACUCCUCGUGAUCCCUAGUACAUUGAGACUCAUGUCACCCAUCGUGAUCAUCAAUGGCAAGGAACAUUUGUUUGACAGUUGGGAGAUGAUAAAUGAUUGUACUUGUGUUUUUGAUCUGAGGGAGACAAAACUAAGAAAUGACUUAGAUGAAGAACUUUUGGACAAUGAAUGGAACCAUGCAGAGGUUACAUGUCGAUAUACUAGUUUUGGCCAAACCUUUAUAAAAAGUGGAAUCCAUGUAUUGAAACAGGAAAAUAGCAUGGGGGUUAUUCGAUUCACUGAUCCUUGUAGAAAAAGAAAUCUGGAUGAUGAGUUCAAUAGUUUCAAAUCUCUAAACCAACAGUUGCUGAAAAAAUAA